AUGUUGGAAUUGAAUGAUACAGGAUUGGAGCCAAAAUUAAGUGAUUUCCCAACAAUAAUAACAUCCAAAUCUCGAAGUAGUGCUGGACAAGAUGAUGAUAAUUAUAAUUCGGAGAUAACAUUAGCGCAGAAACAUAUCGGAUGGGACGAGAUCGAAAUGAUGCGUCAUGGCUUAAUUAAUUGUGAUUGUGAACGAGUAAUACAGCCAAAAAGUCCCGAUCUACCAGUGAAAAUCAAUAUUGGCAAUACAAGUAGCAGUAAAAUGACCAUCUCAAAACAAACAGAUCAUAAUUCUGCCACAACUGAAUCAACCCGAAACAUCUAUUCCGACUAUUAUGAAGACUUUCAUAAGACAAUUUAA